GCUAAUUAUUCGUCUUCAUCCAUCUUCCAUCUUUUUGCACGUCGCGACCUUCAAAACUAAACCACACAUCACUUAUUUUCAAACUACCUACAGGUGAUUGACAACCUAGCUUGCCACUGGACUACAUCGCAAGUUCUUCUUCUCGUUGCCCAAACCAACCGCCCUCCCCUCCUAGGACCACACCUCACCGAACCCCCCCGCCAAACCACAACCAGCGCCGUCAUCAUGUCUGGCAGCAGCAACAGCGCUUCGCGCAACAACAUCCUGCGCGACUUCAAGAGCUUGACGGGUAUGUCCGAAGCUCGUUGCACAGAGUACCUUGAGUCUGCGAACUGGGACAUUGGCCUCGCCGCCCAGGCCUACUACGCCGACCACGACUCCGAGGACGAAAUCGAACCCGUCGCCCAGGCUCAGCCCGCUGCCGCUGCACCUGCUCCUGCCGAAUACACCGGUCCCCGAACUCUCGAUGGUCGGCCUGCACCCGAGUCCGCCGGCCGAGCCAGCACGGUGAAGAAGGCGGCGCCUAAGAAGAAGGGUCUUGCGACGCUCAGCUCUAUCGGCGGCGGUCACGCACACGAUGACGAUGAUGACGACGACGACGAAGACGACGACGACAGAGGCCGCGGAGACCUCUUCGCCGGAGGCGAGAAGUCUGGAUUGGCUGUGCAGGACCCGUCCCAGGAGGGCGGCGGUGCAAAGAAGAUCAUCAGUGACAUUCUCGCCAAGGCCAAGGCCAACGCUUCCCGCCCAGAGACUGCAUCCUCCGCUGGUCCUUCGCGCUCCAGCGUCUUUCAGGGAUCCGGAAACACCGUCGGUGGCGAAGGAACCGAGAGCCGCAGCAUCCCCGACCCCAAUGCCUUCCAGGAGGGUGCUGGAGGCCCGCCCGGUACCGGCGGCGAGCCUCAGGAGCGCACGUUGCACCUGUGGCAGGACGGCUUCAGCAUCGACGACGGCGAGCUUCACCGAUUCGACGAUCCGGAGAAUGCAAUGGACCUGAACAUGAUCCGUGCCGGUAGAGCCCCUCUGCACCUGAUGAACGUCCGCUAUGACCAGCCGGUGGAUGUGAAGCUGCACCAGCACCAGGAGAACUACCGCGCGUUGCCCAAAAAGUACAAGCCUUUCGGUGGAGAGGGACGCCGACUCGGCAGCCCGGUCCCCGGCGAGGGUAGCGCUUCCGCGGGCGCGGCCGCUCCCGCUGCUUCGACAACCACCCAGGCCGCCUCCGCCGGCUCGACUGGCCCUCAGCAGGCCGUCGACGAGUCUCAACCCACUCUGACUCUGCGCAUCCAGCUGCCCAACGGCACGCGACUGCCUGCCCGGUUCAACACUACGCACACCGUCAACGACGUUUACGAAUUCGUGCAGCGUGCCUCGGCUGACACCAGCACCAGAUCGUGGGUUCUGGCGACAACCUUCCCGAACAAGGACCACACCGAUCGCAGUUUAGUGCUGGGCGAGAUGCCCGAGUUCAAGAAGGGCGGAACCGCCGUCGUCAAGUGGGCUUAAGCGGGAUCCGUACAAGAGAAAAUGGCGGGAAUCGGGCGGCGUUUGGUACAUUGGCCCCGCAUCAUGGCCGGGCGGCUUUGGGUCUGGGCAUUGAGGCAGUUAGCCUCGGCGUGGAAUGUAGACUAUUUAGCUUGAGGAAUAGACAUUAGACACGCCCAUGAGUUAAUGACGACGGGGUUGGUGGAAAGUGACUUUU